UUUCUGUCUGAGUAUGAGUACAGCAUGAGGAGGCGUUUAGAGGAUCAGGAGCCAGUGUUCACCCCACAACAGCGCCGGCUUCCCGGCAGCACCGAGGGCUUGCAGCACAGGGUUCUGGCCCCAGCGCCUGCAGUAUUCGAGGCUGUGGCUGACGGCAUGCAGCCUACUCCAGGAAUACAGUACCCGGUUCCCCAGGCAUACCAGGUGUCCACAGUAGCCCAAAGUUCAAGUGGUCAUAGUCACACUCCCAGUCCGGCAGCCCACAGUGGUGCUCACCAUCAUGGUCCAGCGGCGGUCCAGACCCACGGUCCUGCGCCUGUGCAGGGUCACAGUCACCCUCCCACCCCCUCCGCAUCCACACAGGGGCAGCAGCAGUUCCAGAGACUCAAGGUGGAGGACGCCUUGUCUUACCUGGACCAGGUGAAACUACAGUUUGGCAAUCAUCCACAGGUCUACAAUGACUUCUUGGAUAUCAUGAAAGAGUUUAAAUCUCAGAGUAUUGACACCCCAGGCGUAAUCAGCAGGGUGUCACAGCUCUUUAAGGGUCACCCUGAUCUUAUUAUGGGGUUUAACACAUUUCUUCCACCGGGAUACAAGAUUGAAGUUCAGACCAAUGACCUGGUGAACGUGACUACUCCCGGACAGAUCCACCACAUCACACCUCACGGCAUCUCUGUACAGAACAUCCCUCCCAGACCUCCACCGCAGCUUCAGAACCAGAUCCCCACAAACCCUCCCAGCCUGGCAUCCACACCUCCCGCCCAACCCACGCCGAAAAGCAAGCCGGUGCAGUCUCCAGUUCUGACUCCAAGCAGUCAUCCCAAUCCGUCCAUCCCUCCGUACGCGUCCCCGCGUUCGCCCCCAGUGCAGCCCCACACCCCUGUCAACAGCAUGCCCACCGCCCCACCGCUGCAGAACAACCAGCCCGUGGAGUUCAACCACGCCAUCAGCUACGUCAACAAGAUUAAGAACCGCUUCCAGGGCCAGCCCAACAUCUACAAGUCCUUCCUGGAGAUCCUGCACAAGUACCAGAAAGAACAGCGUAAUGCUAAAGAAGCGGGUGGGAGCUACACCCCGGCCCUGACUGAACAAGAAGUUUAUGCUGAGGUGGCACAACUCUUCAAAAACCAAGAAGAUCUGCUCUCCGAGUUUGGACAGUUCCUGCCUGAUGCCAACAGCUCUGUGUUGCUGAGCAAGACGGCAGCAGAGAAGGCCGAAUCUGUGCGUAAUGAUCACGGUGGAACAGCCAAGAAACCACAGCUCAAUAACAAGCAGAGACCCAAUCAGAACGGCUGCCAGAUACGCAAGCACUCAACUACAGCCGUCACCCCACCUGUGAAGAAAAAGCUCAAGUUAAUGAAUAUCAAAGAUCCGUCCAUGGCAGAAGCUGGCAAACAUGGAGGAACAGAGUCUCUUUUCUUUGACAAAGUGCGGAAAGCCUUACGAAGUGCUGAAGCAUAUGACAACUUCCUCCGGUGCCUGAUUAUUUUUAACGAAGAGAUGAUUUCUCGUGCUGAGCUGGUUCAGCUUGUGGUUCCAUUCCUGGGCAAAUUUCCUGAGCUAUUCACUUGGUUCAAGAACUUCCUUGGAUAUAAGGAGAUGUCCCACCUGGAGACGUACCCAAAAGAAAGAGCCACUGAAGGAAUUGCCAUGGAAAUUGACUACGCUUCAUGCAAACGUCUGGGAUCCAGUUAUCGAGCUUUACCCAAGAGCUACCAGCUUCCCAAAUGCACAGGAAGAACAUCUCUCUGCAAAGAGGUGCUGAAUGAUACCUGGGUUUCCUUCCCCUCCUGGUCUGAGGACUCUACUUUCGUCAGCUCCAAGAAGACUCAGUAUGAAGAACACAUGUACAGAUGCGAGGACGAGCGAUUCGAGCUGGAUGUUGUCUUGGAAACCAACCUGGCCACCAUUCGUGUGCUGGAGGUGGUUCAGAAGAAGCUGUCUCGGAUGUCUGCGGAAGAGCAGGCCAAAUUCAGACUGGACAACACUCUGGGCGGCUGUUCGGAGAUUCUCCACAGGAAAGCCAUCCAGAGGAUAUAUGGAGACAAAGCUCUGGACAUUAUCGACGGACUGAAGAAGAAUCCGGCAGUGUCUGUUCCCAUUGUGCUCAAGAGGCUAAAGCUGAAGGAGGAUGAGUGGCGUGAAGCACAAAGGGGUUUUAACAAGAUCUGGAGAGAGCAGAAUGAGAAAUACUACCUAAAAUCUCUGGACCAUCAAGGCAUUAACUUCAAACAGAACGACACUAAGGUGCUGCGCUCCAAAACGCUUCUCAACGAGAUCGAGAGCAUCUUUGAUGAGCGUCAGGAACAGGCCUCGGAGGACAACAGUACUUUACCGAGCGGGCCUCACGUGACACUGACCUACGAGGACCGUCAGAUUCUGGAGGACGCGGCGGCGCUCAUCAUCCAUCACGUGAAACGCCAGAGCAGUAUCAACAAAGAGGACAAACACAAGAUUAAACAGAUCAUCUACCACUUCAUCCCCGACAUGCUGUUCUCCCAGAGAGGAGUGCUGUCGGACGCAGAGGAAGAUGAUGACGAGGAAGACAUGGACAUCGACGAGGGGGCGUCGAAGAAGCACAACGGGCUAACGGGAGGAGUUAGUGGCUGCCCGACGAAGUCUAAACUGCUGUUCAGCUCGUCCACGGCUCAACGGCUUCGCUCCUGCGAGGACGCGUACAAUCUGCUUUACGUGAAUAACAACUGGUACAUCUUCCUCCGGCUGCACCACACCCUGUGCUCGCGUCUGAUACGGCUCUACGUGCAGGCCGAACGACAGAUCGAAGAGGACCUGAGGGAGCGCGAGUGGGAGAGAGAGGUGCUCGGACACAAGCGGAACAAAAACGACAACACGGCUGUCCAGCUGCGCCUGAAGGAGCCCAUGGACGUAGAUGUGGAGGAUUAUUACUCGGCGUUUCUGGAGAUGGUGCGUAAUCUGCUGGAUGGGAAUAUGGAGGCGUCUCACUAUGAGGAUUCUCUCCGAGAGAUGUUCACCAUUCACGCCUACAUCGCCUUCACUAUGGACAAACUCAUCCAGAACAUCGUCAGACAGCUCCAGCACAUAGUGAGUGAGGAGAUCUGUGUUCAGGUGACUGAACUGUACCUGAGUGAGAGCAGCCACUCAGCCACAGGCGGAUCUCUUCUCACACAGAGCAGCAGGGCACCGGCGGAAAUGUCUUACCAGCGCAAAGCCGAGCAGCUCAUGUCCGACGAGAACUGCUUUAAGUUGAUGUUCAUGAAGAACAGGAAGGUUCAGCUCACUGUGGAGCUGCUGGACACCGAGGAGGAGAACUCAGACGGGCCGAUGGAGAACGAGCGCUGGUCAGACUACGUUAUGCGGUAUCUGUCGGCUGAUUUCACAUCUCCAGACGUGAGGGAUCAUCUGUCUCAAAAGCCUGUGUUUCUACCAAGGAACCUGCGGCGGAUCCGUAAGUGUCAGCGUGACUGUGAGUCUCAGGAGAAGGAGGCGAAGGACGGAGGCAGAAAAGAGAAUGCAGACAGCACGAAGAUGGAGUGCAUGUUCAAACUCAACUCCUAUAAGAUGGUGUACGUCUUCAAAUCAGAAGAUUACAUGUACAGACGCACCGCGCUGCUGAGAGCCCAGCAGUCUCACGAGCGAGUGAGCACACGUCUGCACCAGCGCUUUCACGCCUGGACCCAGCGCUGGGCGAAGGAGCACGUAACCAGAGACAUGGCUUCUGAAACCAGCAGGUGGCUCAUGGGAGAAGGGCGGGAGGGACUGGUGCCCUGCUCCACCACCUGUGACCCUGAGACCCUUCACUUCCAGCGCAUCAAUAAGUACAGGGUCCAGUACGGCAGCCCCCACAAGAGCCAGUGA